UUCCAGCAAUAUUGUCUAGUAAUUACUUUGGUAAUAAUAAAGUAUUGUCAUCAACUUCAGCAUCUGAGGAAAUAGUCAUUCAUCUUUUUAUUUUCCAUCCUAUAUCACAACAAAUUAUAUAAAAUGGCCGAUCAGCUUACAGAAGAACAAAUCGCAGAAUUCAAGGAAGCGUUUUCGCUUUUCGACAAGGACGGUGACGGCACAAUCACAACCAAAGAAUUGGGAACAGUUAUGAGAUCUCUGGGACAGAACCCAACAGAAGCUGAACUUCAGGACAUGAUUAAUGAAGUUGAUGCUGAUGGCAACGGAACGAUAGAUUUUCCAGAAUUUCUUACAAUGAUGGCGAGAAAAAUGAAGGACACGGACAGUGAAGAAGAGAUCCGAGAGGCUUUCAGGGUUUUCGACAAGGACGGCAACGGUUUCAUUUCCGCCGCAGAGUUGAGACAUGUAAUGACAAACCUUGGAGAGAAACUCACAGACGAGGAAGUCGAUGAAAUGAUCAGAGAAGCAGAUAUUGAUGGGGACGGACAAGUCAACUACGAAGAAUUCGUGACAAUGAUGACCUCCAAAUGAUUCAACCAGAUAUUUCCAGAUGUAACCGGUUAAUUUCCAGUCUAAAUCGGUCAUUUCCAGAAUCAACAUAACUUGGGACAAAAUUCGUGCACUUUUCUGAAACAUUGUAAAAAAUACCGAGGCCACGAUUUCGUCUCGAAGAAAUUUGGUUUUAUUUGUAAAUAAGAGAAAGAAUAGAUUUCGUAAGAGUAUUUUGCGACUAGCGUACCAUGUAUGGCCUAUGAUAAAUUGUACGUUCAUGUGCAUAUUAUCUAGUGCCCAUGUAGGGUAUGUAUUAGUUUGUCAAUGAUAAUUUUGUUCUGGGUUAGAUCAGGGUCUAUUUAUUCUGGGUUGACAAAAUUUUUCAUUUUUGAGCUUAUUUUGAGUCAUAUUAGAUUUUUUUGCCUCAAAUUGACUGAUUUUUGUAAUAUUAUACCAAAAUUCGACUGAAAAUUUCAACAAUUUUAUUUCCAAAAAUUCAUUUAAUUCCUGGGUUUCCUGAUUACAUCUAAUUUUCAGGUUUUAUCUGCAUCUUAGUUUUUGUAACAUUUUUGAAAAAUGAAAAAUAUUGUGAAACCCAUCAGAAAUAGACUUGUCUUGAAAUGUUCCCCUAUCUGUACAGUUAUUAGAAUAUUCAUUCCGUUAGAUUUUUGAGCUUGCAAAAAUUUUAGUCAGAAAUUACUCCCCAAUUUAAAAAGGUGUGAUUUCUUUAUUAUUCCCUUUUUGGGGGGAGGUGAUUUUGCCCAAAAAUUUUUGAGCGUUUUGAGGAAUUCGAAAUAUUAGUUUUUUUCUGGUUUGAGAUUUUUCAUUUGAACGUGUAUACUAGCAUAAUUGGCACCUUUUUAUUUGUUUUUCUAUAUAUAAUCGAAGCUGCAUAUUUUUGGGCUACCCCCACUUUAGGGGAAAACCCAAUUUGGUUAACAAUUCUGUGCACCGUAAUGUGGAAAUGUCUGAAAUUCUGAUUUUUCCCAAUCAAAGUAGAGUUUUGUAUCUUGAAAUUACCAUAUGGGGAUUCACCUUACUAUGUUCUGGAAAUCUGGAAUUCCCCUUUUUUAUAAAUCUAAGGGGUUUUCCCUAAAAUUUUCUUGUAGUAAUUUGUAUAGGACUGUAUGUUUUAUUACUAAAUGGGAGGAAUUUUUAUCAGCAGUUUGUGAUAUCAUAAUUGAGAUUAUUGAAGUGGGACAUGUGACCUUUGAACUUUUAUCAAAUUACGUCAUGAUAACUUUCAGGCAGAAUGUUGAAGUGGAAAGUAGAGCUGUAUAUUCUGGUUUGUUAAAAAAAUAUCUAAGAAUGUUAUUUUGCUGGUGUUUUGACCCAAAAUUUGGUUUCUCAGUCGCAUAGUUUUGAAUAAAUCGCACUCAUUUUGUUACAUAAAGCAUUAGUUCAAUUUUUGGCCGGAAAAAGUUGAUUUUAGAAAUAAUUGGCCGUUUUAAAUUUAACAAAAUUAAAUGUUUUUAGCAAAUUUUCCAGAAAUCGUUGCAUGGUCUAAAAAUUGUCUUGUUAUGUGAAAAAUUUUGUUAAAAUUAUUAUAAUAAAAUUGGACUGAUUUAAUGUAGAAAAACUA